UAUCCAGAUUUCGGAGCGGCAUUUCCAACAUUCUUUAACUAUUCUCAUCUCAAAAACAGCCAGCAAAAUGCCUACACUCCCGUUUGUUCGUCGCAAACAUAUUAUUCAGAACUAACCGUACCCUCACAUUACAUGAAACAUGACCGAACUCUUCAUGUUCCUAAAAGCGCAGAACCUCUACAUCCGCAUUCGAACCUGUCAAAAGAAACGCAUCAGAAAAACUGAAUUGGUCACAAUGCCAGCCAUAACAACGCUUCAUACUUAUGAUACCGUAUACUGCGCUGAUUCCGUGGCUUGGUGCCCACACGAUUAUUACGAACACUUAUUCGCGUGUGGAACAUACCAACUGAGUGAGGGAGAAUCCCUAACAAGCACCAGUGGCCAGAGCACUCGUAAAGGUCGUAUUUUGCUUUUCGAUUUUGAUUUGGACCAAAACUUACUCAUUUGCAAGCAAAAGAUUGAAACAUCAGCUGUUUUGGACCAAAAAUGGCAUUCUUCCAUACCGAGCAUGGCAGUAGCAAACUCUAACGGAGAGAUUUCGAUGUAUAAGUUUUCGACAGAAAAUCUGCUAACUCCCGAGGAUACAUUGAAGAUUUCUUCCGAAGAGGAAGGCGAAAUUUUAGCUCUCUCACUUGAUUGGACAUCCCAGGGAGAUAAACUAGCAGUUAGUGACUCUAAAGGUGGCAUUUCAAUCAUUAGUGUCGAAGAAUCAAGCUUACGACAAGUGCAUCGAUGGGUCGCUCAUACUUUCGAAGCCUGGAUUUGUGCCUUUGAUAAAAAUAAUCAGAACAUUUUAUAUACAGGCGGAGACGAUAGUCUCCUGUGCGUGUACGAUAUGCGUUGUUUACAAUUUACAAUUGCCAAAAUGAAGAACAAAUCACAUAGAGCGGGAGUCACUUCAAUACUGUCUUUUUCUCAGCAGGAGAAUUUAUUGGCAACGGGGAGUUACGAUGAUAAUUUAAGAAUCUUUGAUAUACGAUCAAUGAAAUCGAGUGUCAGCGAGACGAAUCUUCAAGGCGGUGUUUGGCGACUGAAAUCACAUCCUAUCCAGCCGUCACAAAUAUUGUGCGCUUGCAUGUAUCAUAAUUUUAGUGUAGUAACCCUGAAUGAGGAUCACAGUAUAUCAGUCGAUGCGGAAUAUAAUGAACAUGGAAGCAUAUGUUACGGAUGCGAUUGGAGUUACAAGAAAAGUGAGCGUUCUGCAAAGUACUUUGCGUCUUGUUCAUUCUAUGACCACAAAAUGUGCUUGGCUGUUCUUAAGGGGGAAAAAUAAACUGUAGCAAUACAUCUCAAGAGAA